GGAUUAAAAUUCACUUCAAUUCCAUCGUUAUUUGAAGAGAAUUUGGAAAAGUCCUCAUUUAGCGGACCUAGUGAAUAUGCAAAAGAAACCGCCCGACAAAAGGCUUUAGAGGUUUACCAUCGUGUAAAGGAGGUAAAGUCAUGCAUACAAGGUGUCCCGCAAAAGUGCAAUAGCUAUGUUUUAUGGGCAUCAAAAACUUAAUCUAAGAGAUGAAUUUUUGCACUAAUACUUAUAAUGGUAAUUUUUACGAGUACAAAUUAUUGUUAAUGGACGAUACUCAAUGCGCUAAACCUGAAAAUUAUUUAGAUUUAAAAUGUCUAUGUUAAGCCAACCCGAAAGCUACUAUUGUCUAAACAAAGGAAGACUCUAUCACAGACUUUCAUUAUUUGCUUGCCAAACCCGUAGGCUACUGCACCCAGUAUCGUUUAUUAAUUAUUGUCCAAACCACUAUGUUUGACCUAUUCAUAACAAUAACAAUGAAACUAUAGUUAAACAUGGGCAGAUAUACGAGUUAGCUUUAUCUGCUUAUCAUUCGCACUUGGAAUGCGAGCUGUAAAAGUGAUUUAGAGAGUCACCCACCAACCACCCCACACUCCAGCCUUUUCGCCGAUGUAACGAGGUGGUACUUGGAAGUAAUUACGGUAUGUUAUGGCUUAUGCGUGUGUUAUACUUACAACAUAACGUUGAAGCAUAUGGACAAAUCAUUCCCGCUCGGCACAAUCUUACCACAACGGCUAUGGAGUGACAUUGAAUUCUUGGGAACAUUGAACAAUAUUCAGACCUAUAUAUAAAUAUUAUCUCCGUUGAAUAUUAAAAGCUUAUAAACAUUCACUAGACUGUUAUAUCAAUGUUUAUUACUAUUUAUUUAAUAAAAUACUAAAUAAAGAAAAUGAAGUGUUUGAGGCAAUUGCUCUAGUAUGAGGUGGCAAUUUUGCCAUGGACCUCACGUUUUCUUUACGGAAUUUGGCAACCUGGCAUAAAGCCAAUUCCUAUUUACAAAAAUCACUCUAUUUCUGCAUAUGAGUAUAUAUAUAUAUAUAUAUAUAUAUAUAUAUAUAUAUAUAUAUAUAUAUAUAUAUAUAUAUAUAUAUAUAUAUAUUGAAUAUUUGAACCCUACAACCCGUGUCUCACAAUGAGUACUAUACAACUUAUGGAUGUAGAGUACAGUACUUGUACAGUACUUGAAUUUUAAAGUGCCUAUGACAUGAAAUUUCACCCCAAAUGUUUAUGGUUGCAUUGAAAAGAUCACUUAAAAUGACUUAAUAAUUUCUUUUAUAGAAUUUUGGUAACUUGCUUCCUUUGCAAGAUAUUCAACUUUGUUUCAUAUGCAAAUAUCACCGGUGUGACAUCACAUCGCAUAAUGACAUUUUGAAAACGCAAUAUUUUACCUGGAUAAAAUAUUUUUACAAACAAAUACAAAGGGUUAAUUACCAGUUAUGACAUUAAUACAUAUACAAGGGCAAUUUUUAUGUUUUUUAGAUACGUAUUCGUGAAGAAAACUAUACUUUUCUGAAAACUCAUUAUGUGAUGUGAUGUCACACCGGUGAUAUUUGCAUAUGAAACAAUGUUGAAUAUCUUGAAAAGGGAGCAAGUUACCAAAAUUUUAUAAAAGAAAUUAUUAAGUCAUUUUAAGUGAUCUUUACAAUGCAACCAUAAACCUUUGGGGUGAUAUUUCGUGUCAUAGGCACUUUAAACCAUGCAUGGCCAGCUAGAACAAUAUGUUCAGGCACAGAUUUAGCACAAACGCAUUAAGUUGGUUUAAUUUUUUUUUGGUUUCAGACUGCUCAGCCCCACCUUGUUGUUGCUGUGGAUACAGUUGUUGUAAGUACAAUGUUUUGUCAAAAUUGAAGGUUUGAUGUGUUGUUUUUUUUUGUCCCAAAUAUCUAUUUUUAUUGGCAAGUACAGUAUUGGUGAGUACAAUAUCUUUCUGUUUCAAACACGUCAGCGUAUUUUGUAGCUAUAAGUGCGCUUGUCGAUCUGCAGUCGUCAUAGGUCUUGUUCGUUAUUACAUACUGUAGUUGCCAAAAUUUGCUAAUAUGCAAAUUUUUCUUCCUGAUGAAAUUUCAAUUUCUUCUAAGCAUCACACAUCGCUAGCUUGCUAAAUAUAGCAGCGGUGUAUCACUUCAAAAAAUCUCGUACACCUCAAAAGAAAUCCGUAAAAAAUGCUUAUAAAAUCUCUAAAAAUCCCCACAAAUCCCGAAAAAUAUCUCGAGAGAAAAAAAUCACGGAGGAGUCCCAUGAGAUUUUCGAGAUUCCAAAAAUCUCGUACACUUUUUUGGCGUGAUUUUGGAGUGAUACACCCAGACACCCUAUACAUACCUAGAGUAUGAAUUUCGGAAACUCAUUGUUGUAUAGUCAAAAGUACUGAUGUCUAAUCUUUUAAAUCUUUUUGCCAUUUUGUACAAAAAAUCUCGAAAAAAAUAUUUUAAAAUGUUCUAAAAUUUAAAAAUGAUCAUGUUCCCAUGGCAAUACUUGGUGCACACCAAGAGCCUGCGUUCAGUGUUGGGCCAAUUAACAAAUACUUCAUGUUAAAUCGCCAUGUUUGGAAAACAUUGGCGAGGGGUUCCUGUAUACAUGUUUUUCAUGCAUGAUAUAACAUUAUAUAAUAACUACAGUGAAACACGGCAGGAUCAGACAAUCCUGCAUGGGAAAUUCUGAACAGAAAUUCUUGCACAUAAUUUUACAAAUUAUACUCGCAUUGUAAAGUUUCAUUGUACGAUACCUUUCGACUUUGAAGUAAGUUUGCAAUUAUUGAGACGUCAGUUUAGUUGUAUGAAUAAAUUUCUGAUCGAUACAUUGCUGUUCAGCAAGUAGCAACGCGUAGCGUUGAAAUUCAUCGCACCAUGGCAAGUACAACAUCUCUCGCUUCAAACUUCAAAGUUCAAACGCUUCGCAAUCUUCAAGUAUUCAGGUCGAGAAUCUUCAAAACUACUUUGGCUCUCUGUUUAGCGGGGUUUCCAUUUCAAAUUUCGUAUAUUUUAUCGAAAAAGUCUCUGUAUUUUCGCUGUAUAUUUUCGCGAAUUUGCGAUCAAAUUCUGUUCACAUUUGUUGUUGUUUUCAAUAGCGUGGAGUAGCGAUUCUCCGAUUGGUUAAUUCACGAUUGUUGUGAGAACUGCACAUUUCAUCAGUAAUUAUAAUCAAAUUAACCGUCGUUGCACUGUAGUAAUUUUAUAAAACAAUUACCAAAUGGUUUUCCCGUGCCGGAUAGCAUGAUCCAUGCACUUGGGAUGUUGCUCGACUUUCGGAAAGCGUAAUAAUACACUCGCCUAUGGCUCGUGUAUUUUCACGUUUUCCGAAAGUCUCGCAACAUCCCGCGUGCAUGGAUCACGCAAUCCUGCACGGAAACCAUUCGGUAUUCCUUUAUAACUUGUCGGCGGAGAUAUGCAGUUUCCGAGUGGCUAAAGUGAACUAAACCUCGCAAUGGCGAUAAAAAAACUAGUGGAAAAAAGAUGAGCGUAGUAGCCUUUUCCCAAAAUAUAUCGCAGUGCAUGCUGGGAUCGUUUGGAGGGACAAAAUAUACGGCGGCAGGCGUCAAAUAUGUGAAAGAGUGAAGUAUGUAUCUGCUAUCAAAUAUCAACUUUUUAUACGACCAAAAAUGAAAUAUCUCCUUUUUACAUUAAACAUUUAAUUUAAAUGCGUGCUGCCAUAUUUCUUGUCCCUCCAACAUGGGAUUCGCGCGACUAGACCCAGGACUUUGGGAAAUGGCUAAUUGAUAUAUGUUAUACAUACAUGCAUAAAAAUCCUUUUAUCAGGCCUAGAUGCUUCUAUAAAUUCAUUUAUGCUCAUAUAUACAAAUAAAAUAUCCGCGUGGUAUCUUUAAACGAUACUCGUCCCCUUUUUUAAUUGGGUUCUUAGAAUACCCGGUGUUAUGUGACUUGGGAGACCUCUGGGCUAUAUAGUAUAUACAUGUAUAUAGGGGUCAGUGGACACGCCAAGAGAUUUUGUUUAUAGCUUGUAAGUAAUAUUUGGAUAUGUUGUCGAACUAUUAAAGCACUAUUUUAACAUGUACAAAGACUUAACACCUUGUGGAUAUAUCACUUCCUUGCGUUUAAAGGUAAUGUCUGUGUAGUAGCUAUAGAAAGGUCUUUAAAUAUUUACAUAUCUUCAAUCAUUAAAUUGGCAGUUAAUAAUUUAGCAAGUUGGGGUUAUUACAGAUGAGGGUUGUUACAUAAUUAUAUAUUAGCUACAGUAAUAUUUUCAAAAUGAAAAACGAAACAAAAUGAAAACCUCAGAACGAAAAACGUUUGCUAAUAAGAAUAAGAAUAAGAAUAAGAAUAACAGCAUAACUAUUUACCUCGUUUCAUAGAAUUUGGAUUUAUUCAGUUUGCAGACGAGAAAAUUAUCGAGAAGCCAAAAGAUGAAAAAGAUGCCUUUCAGAUGAUUAAGAGGUAUUAUGGUUGGCAAGGCUGUUAAACAAAGGUUUGAACACAAAAAUAGGUACGCUAAGCGCCUAUGUGACGUCACGCCAUCUAUUAAGACCAGGCAGUUUUUUUAGUAAUCAAUUUUCCUGUUUCAGUUUCAGUGGUAGAACACAUUCAGUACACAGUGGUGUAGCGCUUCUGAAACCAAAUACUAGCAAGUCGGACGAAGGUGAGUCUUACAAUUACUCAAGAUGGAUAAUAUAUUAAUAUGCAGUAUUAUAUAACACGUCAUUAAAUUCUGGUCAUUUAAUUAGCUUAUGAUCACGUGAUAUGGAUUUAAAAUUCCCGUUUUGCUACCGCGCAAUAGCACGAGUGCUAUUACACGGUAGGAUUUAAUUAAAUUCAAUCAUUCAAAAUCCUAUUCGUAUCGUAAUCGUAGCUCAUUUAACUAUCAUUUUCAUACUGAGACCGAUGGAAUUAAAUUCAAAUACAUAACUUGUGCGAAGGAGAAUGGCGGGCGUAAAAAUACAAUAUUUUUACAAUAAUUUUUACGAUAAAUGACCGUCAACGGUCAUAAUAUUAAGGUGAUUCAUCAGUAAUUGUUCUGGAAAUGAGAAUUUGCUGAACUGACUUCCCAGGGAUGAAGUUUAUGAUAUGCUUAUACAUAUAGUAAAAACAGGGAAAACAACACCUUUUUCCCCAUAUGGCGCCAUUUUGACCCUUUUACAGGAACAAUCGCUCAACCGUUAUUGAUUUUUUUAACAAGGAUCCUACUAAAAAUGUCUAUAUAGUGAUUACAUACAAGAAAACAUGGUAUUUUAGCGAAUCAAAAACCACUGACGUGCAUUGUCGUCGUGCAAAUGUGUCUUUUCCCAUCUUCACAGACAUGUUAUUUUGGGAAAUAUUAUUUUGGGAAACAUGCGCGAAAAAUUUAAAAUAGUAUAAGUUGUAGAAAUGAUUUUUCUCUUAUUUUCUUAUGACAUGUAAUCAAAUCAAAUCAAUUUAUUCGCCAAUAAUUAACAAAAUAAUUUACACAGAAUGAAUAAAAUAAAUAAAGGCAAAGUAGCCCAAAAGAAACCAAAAGGCUUAUUUACAUUGGGCUCCUUUGUUAAUACAAAAACGUAUGGAAGAACAAAAAUAUAAAAUAAAAAAGUAAGGUCACGUAUACCUUCUUAAACUGAGAGAUACAAGUGUUAAACAUGCAACACGAUGUGGUUUAGUGUUAGUUGAACAGGGAGCCCUAGCCAGAGUUUUUGAAGGUAUAUUUCCUAAAGUACACCUAAUCAAUGCAGAGUGUUUUUCUCUUUGACCUUACUCUUUCUUUAUCACUUUACAUUUCAGUUCGACUACAAAUAUUAGCUAGAAUUUGUUAUUAGAUAUGCGCAGUAAAAGUGCGCAAUGCAAAACUGAUGAAUCACCUUAAUUCUUCACUAAAACAUUUGUUGGCACUUUUUGUUGGAUUUUAAUUAUUUUUGACCAAGGUAUGUAUUUGUUUUGUAUUUAGUUAACUUAAAAUUUGAUAAAAUUGAUCUAUAUUCAGUAUUUUGGUGUCAUAUAAAACAAAUAUUGAAUUGUUCCGUUCGUGCAAUAGGAAAAAUAUUUUCAUUCGGUGAAAGAUGGAAUUUUCCAUUCCAUCUUUCACAUCAUGAAAAGAUUUUUACCAUCGCACUCGUAAACAUUCAUUAUUUGUAUAACAUUCCUCGAUUUUUGGACCACCGCGUGUGGACGUCGUCAAAUAAAUAGGCACGAAGAAUGAACUUUGAUACUCCAUUACUGUAAUACCAGUUCAUUGUACGAAAUACAGUAGCCAUGAUAUUUCCGAUUGAUGUGUUUUCCCAUAAAUUAUAGUCUGAACGAGUUUGAGAAAUAUUUAUUUCAUGCGCGAAAGAAGUGCGAGUUUUACGUAGCUAGUUCAUUUGAGCUUUUUUCUUUUUAAUAAUUUUAGGUAAACAUCAUUUAAACAUGUCAAUUUGUCUUCAUGUAUUUCAGAACAUUAUUCUAUACUUCAGUUUGAUGAAGUAACAAAAGUUACAUUUGGUUCGUUAACAGAUGAAAUAAUUAAGACCUACGUUGCGACCAAAGAGCCUCU